AACCUCUCAUUCAUCAUCGUUUCAACUUUGUGUAGCACCACAAUUCCAUGGAUGCCACCAACAACAAUUCAAAUCUUCUCAUUUCCCCAAAGGAGGAGGAAUUCCAAACACCUCCAUCAAAGGUUUCUGAUUCAAGAAUAAAUGAAGAACCUAUUGCUGCAAACCCAAUAUCAUUUUACAUUUCUGAGGACUCUCUUAUCCAUUGCCAUGAUAUGGUUGGCAUGCCAACAAAUAAGCCUGAAACUCCAUCUUCAACUCAAAAUUCAAGUUCAAGGAGAGGAAGACGCCCUAAACAAGCACCUGAAUGGAUUGAAAACUGGGAUGUUGAAAGCAAAAAGCGACCAAAUGGUAACAGAUUUGAUAAGACUUAUCGUCAUAAGGAGAAAGGGUUUCUGUGUCGAUCUUUGCUAGAGUGUGAGAGAUAUGAGAUGCAUGGUAUUCGUCCUCAGCCUCGCAGAGUGAAAAAACAAGAAAAAGAAAAAGAAGAAAGUAGCAACAAAUCUAAAACUGAAACGGAAGAAAUGGUCCUGGGUAACGAGAACAACCAAGUAGCAGAAACUGAGGAAGCGAUUAUUGCUCGAAGAAGAGAAGAAGCAGAAAGUAUGAAAGACAUUGUUGAAGAGUUUCUUGCAGAAGCUCAUUACAAUCAGCUUCACAUGUUCAACCCUUGAUCCACAUGUGGGAAAAAAAGGACUUUAAUUUCAAACUAAAUGAUAACUUAUUAUCAUCAUUUCCAUGAUUCUGAUACAUUUUAUCUUGACUUGCUAUGUUGAUAACUUUCAUUCAAGUUAGGUCUUAACUUUCUUCUAUUUGA